UUAGAACGCACUCUUUUACUCGUGGCUCCAUCUUUAACAAGUCUGAUUAACAAUGGCGCCCGUAGCUAAAGCUAAGGAUGGAAAAGACAAAAAAGAAGUUAAAGACAAAACAAAAAAUCAUAUGAGAGAAUUACACAUCCGUAAAUUAUGUCUAAACAUUUGCGUAGGAGAAUCUGGUGACAGACUUACGCGUGCAGCAAAGGUGUUAGAACAACUUACAGGACAACAACCUGUAUUUUCAAAAGCCAGAUAUACUGUAAGAUCUUUCGGUAUCCGUCGUAACGAAAAAAUUGCAGUACAUUGUACUGUAAGGGGAGCCAAAGCUGAAGAGAUCCUAGAAAGGGGCUUGAAAGUUAGAGAAUAUGAAUUGAGAAGGGAUAAUUUCUCAGCAUCCGGUAACUUUGGUUUUGGUAUCCAAGAACACAUUGAUCUUGGUAUCAAAUAUGACCCAAGCAUAGGUAUUUAUGGUCUUGACUUUUACGUAGUAUUGGGUCGACCAGGAUUCAACGUUGCUCACAGGAGAGCAAAGAAAGGUAAAGUUGGAUUUUCCCAUAGACUUACAAAAGAAGACGCCAUGAAGUGGUUCCAACAGAAAUACGACGGUAUAAUUUUAGCUAGUAAAAAAUGAGGUGUUUGAAGUUUAACAUCGUUACAUAAAAAUUUUUCACAUA